UUGGGCGCAAAAUCUUUUCAGUCUGCAACAUGAGGCACGUGAUUGUUUUUAUUUCAUUUUUGUGCAUAUUAAUUACAGCUCAAUUUAUAGACACUGAAUUUCCCUACAAGUGUUAUCCCAAAGAUUAUUAUAAUUAUGCCGCAUAUCUCGAAUACACAUGUAAGUCUGAUGGAAAAUCUCGAAGAUCAGAGUGUUUAAAUGUCGGAGAUCAACAGUACUACAAUCAAUCAAACGUUGAAGUGAUAACGUAUCUGUGUGAACAUGGAUUGAAUUUAUUGAAACUCUAUACGGAAGUUUUUGAUCCUUUCAAAAACGUACGUGUGUUGGACACAUCAUAUCUUGGAAUUAACGACAUAACCCUCAUCCAGAGUCAAUCGAAUUUUGUUUCGGAAAAUAAAAUUGCAAGAUGGAAGGCAACAAACAAUCGUCUCACUCAGAUACCAGUUUCGAGUUUGGACUGCAUGCCGAACCUGUUCGAAAUUGACUUUUCGCAUAACGAAAUUUUUGUUCUGAAUUUAAAAAAAUUGGAAAAAGCCAACGUUAAAUUGUUAAUGGUGAAUUGUUCGCAUAAUUUUAUUUCUAUUAUCGAUUCUGGAUCACUUUCAACGCUUCCAAGACUUGAAAUUUUGGACUUGAGUCAUAAUCGAAUUGCUCAGAUUGAUGAAGUUGCAUUCGGUUACAACAAACAUUUAAAAGAGUUGCGCUUGGGCAAUAAUCCAUUGACAAAGUUUUCUUCAAAAUCAAUUUCAUCACUACAGAAUUUGGAAAUAUUAGAUCUGAGCAAUACUCAAAUUGGACAGGAUAACGAUGGCUCUUUCGAAAAUAAUCCCAAAAUGAAGGAGUUGAAUUUGAUUGGUACGUCAUUGAAAAAAUUCAGUUUCAACACAUUUUCACCAGAAGCGGAUUCGAUUGAAGUGCACCUUCCGUCAAAUAAAAUUGAAGAGCUCGAUAUAAGUUGUGUGAACACAGUUUGUCAUUUUAAGCAUUUCUAUGAAGAUGAUUUCUUCCAAAAUAUUCGCAUUUUCAAAGCUGCUGCAAAUCGCGACCAAGACAUUUCGAAAUUAUUGGAAAAAAUCGGACCGAGUGUUGAAAGUCUUGACUUAUCGCAAAAUUCUAUUGAAACGUUAGAUGAUCGCAUGUUGGAGAACUUCACCCGUUUACAACACCUCAUUCUGAGUCAUUCAAAUAUAUCCAAAAUUGAAAACAACGCAUUCUUGAGGCAAUCGAAUUUGAUUUUACUUGAUCUUUCCGACAACAAAUUGAAGAAUAUCAACAACGUGGUUUUUUCAUUCCAUUGGACAUUGAAAUUUCUAAAUUUAUUGGGCAAUCAACUGACUCAACUUGACAAGGUUACUCCGAACAAUUUGCUAAAGCUUGAGUCUCUUAAAAUACUGAAGAAUCCCCUUGAUCCUGUGUAUUUGGAAGACUUUUUGGAGCAAUGGAAGUAUCGUGGUGUGAAAAUUGACGCGAAAAUGAAUACGUCAUUUGCGACACAAACAGUAAUGACGGAAGCUGGAAGAACUACUGCAGCAUCAACUACUAAACCUGAAUCACAAGAAAGCAUAUAAAACCAGCUAGAUUACCCUUAAGCACCGUUUCAACCAAUGCUAGAACCAAUGUUACAACUUUAUCGGAUGAGUCUAUAUAUGAGGAAAUCAAAGAGCCCAUACCAACCGCAUAC